ACUACCCAUAGUUUUGUGAAUAUACAGGGUCCAUCGCUGCCAAGAAAGAGAGAAAAAAAAUGUGUUUUCUUCGGCAAUACUUGUAAAUAUUGUCUUUCCAACGCAGCAAUGCAGAACUUAUGAAUUGAAUGUGAGUUUGUGUGUGGAGGAGUGGGGGAGUGUGUGAAUGGAAGUGUUGUAUGCAUGCGAGAGGGAGAAACGUGUCCCUGGGCCCGUUGUCUCUCCUUCCUUCCUGUGAGUGCGGAGCUGGGAAAGAAAGAAAGCAAGGAAGAAAGAAGGGAACCGAGGGAAGGGAGAACGAAUACGGAGCUGUCCAUUUCAGAACCACGCACGGAGGCUUCGGAAAUGACCACAUAUUCGCAUUUUUUAACCCGGUUCUCCCGGGGAACACCGAUGUUUAAUUAAGUUGGUUUUUCAUCGCCAGUGUUUAUGUAGAUGGGAUAUUCCAUCAAUGACUAAUAAUAUCACUGCCUGUUUUUAAAUCUCCCCAGCUGUAAUUCACCGGCUGUAAACUACGAAUACUGCUUCCGAAUUGCUCGUCGCUGUCUGUCUGGUGUGAAGAACAAUGUGUGUCCAGAACUGGAGAAGAGCAGCUGGCACUGUCUCCCUGGGCGUCAUGAUGCAACAGAAUCACACGAGCAGGGGGGGAGAGGGGGAGCAGUGCUAACAACAAAGAAGAGAAGGAGAGAGAGAGGAGGAGGACAGAGAGAGGAGGAAGGCAAGAGAGAGGAAGAAAGAUAGAGAUAAAGAAAUACUGCAGCCAUGACCCAGACGGGUAAGAUCCUGCACCUCUACGUGGACGUGAGAUCGGUCCCAGAGGAAGGGGGGCGACCAGUAGGGGAGGUGUUGAGGGGUACAGACAGAGGGGGGGUCGUCAGGACAGAAUCCCAGCCAACACCCCCCAAACAGAGACGGCCAGCCCCCAGCCCCUCUGUCCCAUCAGAAACAGCGCUCAAGAACAGCACCCAGAACACUCCCAGCAGCUCCAACAAGCCCCAGGCUCGACUGACUGCAUCCCCCCAGCAGCCAGCCAGCCCCAGGGAGCAGGCUGCACUGCAGAGACAGAGUCUGCUUUUCGAUGGGCCCAGGCGAGGGAGGGUUCGGGCACCGGAGCUGGCCAAUCACAGGACAGCUCCCCUGCAGCGCACGAGAUCAGAGUGCGAGCCGUUCAGAAGGGACUGCAGCUCGCCCAUCCCAACAGGCAGGACCACCGCUCCAGUGACGCCGAGCAAUGGGAGGAGGGGAGGGACGGGGGAAGGGGGAUGCGAGGGCCGGAGGUCAUUGGUCACCUAUGGCUACAUCGAGAAGGCUAAUGUGAAGACCGUGUCCAGCCCCUAUCUGUCGAGCCGGCACCCUGACAAGAAGCUGCAAGAGGAGCCGGUGUGCGUGGAAAACCAGGGGCUCUCUCCCAGCCCCAGCCCCAAACUGCCACCAGCCGAGCCCUGGAGGAAUUUGGGUCACCGCAGCUAA